AGGCCGUUUGGGUCCGGGCGGAACGCCGGCCCCGCUUCUCUCGACCUCGGGUGCUCCGUGCGCCAUGGCUCGGGACUCGGGCCCGUUCCCUGCGGAGCCGCUCUUACAGCUGCUACCCCUAGACUCCAGAGACCGGGGCACCCAGCGCUGCCGCCUGGGCCCGGCCGCGCUCCGCGCCUUGGGCGCGCGCUUGGGCUCGGCCGUGAAGAUCUCGCUGCCCGACGGCGGCUCGUGCCUCUGCACCGCCUGGCCGCGGCGGGACGGAGCCGACGGCUUUGUGCAGCUGGACCCGCAGUGCGCGAGCCCCGGGGCGGCGGCGGGGGCGCCGGGCUCCAGCGCGAGCCUCGGCCUGAGCCGCCUGCGCCUGGUGCCUUGCCCGCCCCUGCGGCGCCUCGCCGUGUGGCCGGUGUUGCGGGAGCGAGCGGGCGCGCCCGGGGACCCGAGUCCCGCCGCCGUGCUGGAGGCGGCGCAGGAGCUGCUGCGGAACCGGCCGGUGUCUCGGGGCCACGUGGUUGCCGCUCCGCCGGGUGCCCCCGGCCCGCUGGCCGCCCUGCACGUAGUCGGCGGGACGCCGAGUCCCGAUGCGGCCGGGCUGGUCACCGCUCGCACCCGCAUCGUCCUCAGCGGGACGCCCCCGUCGGAAGCCGAGCCGCAGCCCGAGGCGCCCCUGGGCGGCCUGUCGGAGGCGGCCGAUUCGCUGCGGGAGCUCCUCUGCCUGCCGCUCCGCUACCCCCGCGCCCUGGCCGCGCUGGGACUCGCCGUGCCCCGCGGGGUGCUGCUGGCGGGCCCCCCUGGAGUGGGCAAGACCCAGCUGGUGCGCGCCGUGGCCCGGGAGGCGGGCGCCGCGCUGCUGGCCGUGAGCGCCCCGGCGCUGCAGGGCGCGCGGCCCGGGGAGACCGAGGAGAACGUGCGGCGGGUCUUCCAGCGCGCCCAGGAGCUGGCCAGGCGCGGGCCCAGCCUCCUCUUCCUGGACGAGGUGGACGCCCUGUGCCCCCGGCGGGGCGGCCCGCACCGCGCCCCCGAGAGCCGCGUGGUGGCCCAGGUGUUGACGCUGCUGGACGGCGCCAGCGGGGACCGCCAGGUGCUGGUCGUGGGAGCCACCAAUCGGCCGGACGCGCUAGACCCGGCGCUGCGGAGACCCGGGAGAUUCGACAGAGAGGUUGUCAUUGGCACUCCCACCCUUAGACAAAGAAGGGCAAUUCUGCAAGUGCUAACCUCGAAGAUGCCGGUCUCCAGUCUCGUCAACUUGGGCCUCCUUGCAGAAAUGACAGUUGGCUGUGUUGGCGCAGACUUGACGGCUCUCUGCAGGGAGGCGGCCCUGCAUGCUAUGCUUCAUGGUGACAAGAAUCAGGACAACUCUGUGAUUGAUGAGACAGACUUCCUUGAAGCUUUUAAAAAGAUUCAACCUUCAUCAUUUCGAAGUGUCAUUGGACUGAUGGACAUCAAGCCUGUUGGCUGGGAGCAGAUUGGUGGCCUUGAUGAUGUAAAACUGAAGUUAAAACAGAGUGUUGAAUGGCCUCUGAAAUUCCCCCGGGAAUUUGUCAGGAUGGGCCUGACACAGCCAAAGGGCGUUCUCCUGUAUGGCCCUCCUGGAUGUGCUAAAACCACCCUGGUGAGGGCGCUGGCCACAAGCUGCCGUUGCUCCUUUGUGUCGGUGAACGGAGCUGAUCUCUUUUCACCAUUUGUUGGAGAUUCAGAGAAAGCCUUGUCUCAGGUAUUUCGACAAGCAAGAGCAAAUACUCCAGCAAUCAUAUUUUUGGAUGAAAUUGAUUCAAUCUUGGGAUCUCGAUCAGUCAGCAGAACAGGAUGUAACGUUCAAGAGCGAGUCCUUUCUGUCCUCCUGAAUGAAUUGGAUGGUGUUGGGCUUAAGACAAUAGAGAGAAGAGGAAAUAAAUCAGAUUGGCAGGGUGAAUGCAAGGAGAUGAAAAAAAAUGAAGAGGUAGAGUUUGAAGAAGUUCUUAAUGGAAAUGUCAUGGUCGUUGCAGCGACAAAUAGACCUGAUGUGUUAGAUGAUGCCCUCUUGCGGCCGGGAAGACUAGACAAGAUUCUUUAUAUCCCGCCCCCAGAUCCAAAGGGCAGGCUUUCUAUUUUGGAAGUCUGUACAAAAAACAUGCCAAUGGGGCCCGAUGUUUCUUUAGAAAACCUAGCAGCAGAAACCUGUUUAUUCUCCGGAGCUGAUCUGAGGAACCUCUGCAGAGAAGCUGCCUUGCUGGCUCUUCAAGAAAAUGGACUAGAAGCAACCACAGUGAAACAGGAGCACUUUCUAAAAUCACUUAAGACUGUAAAACCGUCCUUAAGUCACAAGGACUUGACUUUAUACGAAAACUUAUUUCAGAAACAAGAACUGUUCUAAUUUAAGAAGAUAUUUAAAAAUUAGUUUACACCCUUAUUAAAGAAUUAAUUGAAAUGUGAACUUGCCCUAUGGUUUGCAGCUUCACAUUUUUAGAGUAUUUGUAUUUAUAUUAUUUCAUGUAAAUAAAUAAUUUGUGUCUGAUAAGCAAGGAUUUCUCUUAUCUCUAAAAGGUAUAUUAAAAUGCCAUGAUUUAAGAGAUAGUAUGUGUGUGUAUAUUUUAAUUUUGUUGUGGUAGUUUUUGUUUUAGUUGAUUGCUUUUUUAACUUUAUUUUGAAAUAAUUUCAAACUUACAGAAAUGUUGGGAGAAUAGUGUCUUAGUUAUCUAUAGUGUCGCUAUAACAGAAAUACCACAAGUGGAUGGCUUUAACAAAAAAAAUUUAUUCUCUCAUAGUCUAGUAGGAUAGAAGUCCAAAUUCAGGACAUCAUCUCCAAGAGAAGGCUUACUCUCUCUGUCGGCUCUGGAGGAAGAUCCUUGUCAUCAGUCUUCCCCUGGUCUAGGAGCUUCUCUAUGCAGGAACCUCAGGUCCAAAGGACACACUCUGCUCCCGGCGCUGCUUUCUUGGUGGUGUGAGGUCCCCAUAUCUCUCUGAUUGCUUCUUUCUUUUAUAUCUCAAAAGAAACUGAUUUAAAACCUACUCUUGUAGAUUGAGUUCUUCUUCACUGACAUAACUGCCUCUGAUUCUGCCUCAUUAACAUCAUAGAGGCAGGAUUUACAACACAUGGGAAAAUCACAUCAGAUGACAAAAUGGUGGACAAACACGAUACUGGAAAUCGUAGCCUAGCCAAGUUGACAGAUAUUUUGGGGGAACACAAUUCAAUCCAUGACAAACAGUAUAAAGAACUCUUGUAUACUUUUAAGUUCACCAGUUUCUAACAUUUUGCCACAUUUGCUUUAUCUGUAAGAGUCUGUAUCUAUAUCUACCUGUCUACACACAUAUACACAAUAGUUUUCUGAACCAUUUGAGAAUGGGUUGUGUACACUGUGCUACUUUACCCUUUAAUACUUCAGUGUACAUUUCUUACAAAUGAAGAUCUUUAUACCACCACAGUACAAUUAUUAAAUCAGGAAACUUGACGUUGGUUUAAUAUUUUAAUACAUUUUCCAAAGUCCAGUUUCAUGAGUUGAUCCAAUCAGUUGUUGCUCUCAUCUCCUCUUGGUCUUCUCUUUUUUCUCUCUCUCCUCUCGUCUCCUUCCUGCUGGCCUCCUUUACUCUUUCCCUUUCUCAGAUUAUCCUUCCAGGUUUUCUUAAUAAAUUCAUAUCUGGUAAAAGGAUUUUGUUAUACCAGGUUUUGCAUCCUGACCAAAUCUGACUGGCUUUUGUUUUGUUCUGCAAAGUCAGGGUUUUGUUCUCAACGUCUCUCCCGAUCACGUCCAGUCACUGUUUCGGUUUGGCGCCGUCAAUAUCAAAUGCACAAACGGUUCUUGCUGACCAACACCAGGUGUAUCUUAUAUUCAGAUGAGUUCCAAUAAAAAUAACUUUUUUUCUCAAAAAAAGAAGAAAAACAGGUAGUAUAUAAUAAAUUCCUAUCUAAAACUUUUUCCCCGUUACAGUAUCCAGUCUAGCAUCACACACUGCAUUUAGUUGUCAUGCCUCUUUCAAUGGCCAUCAGGUCAGCUCCAACCCAUGGCGACCCCUACGUGUCAGAGCAGAGCUGUGCUCCAUGGGGUUUUCAAUGGCUGGUUUUUCAGUAGAUCACCAGGCCUUUCUUCCAAGACUCCUUUAAAUCUGAGAGUUCCUCAGCCUGUAACAUUUUUGAAGAGUUUAGACCAAUUAUUUUAUAGAAUAACUUUAUAUUUUAUGUAAUUGUAAUUAUAUACGGGCAGACUAUUUUAUGGAAUAAUUGGUUCCUUGGUUUGUGUGUGAUGCCUCAUCGUGACAGACGCAGGUAUGUAUCACCCAGUGGGACACAACAUACGUGGUGGCGUGCCCUCAGCAUCACACCGAGAGGUACGUGAUGUCUACAUUGUUGGUGAUGGUAAUUUUGAUCACUUUAUAAUAUUGCCUGGUUUUUCCAUUCUAUAGCUGCUAUUUUGCCUUUUUAAAUUAUAAUUAUCUAGGAGAAAGAUUAUGUGUACAUUUUUUUCCCCUUUAUUACAAAAGGAAUGCUAGAAAAUAAAACAAAGAAAAAAAUGUUUUAGUAUUUAACUUCUGGUCCUUUAUGUACAUACAAUUUUUUAAAACCAAAAAGGAAUGACACUGCACAACUCUUAAAUGUUUUUCUCAGCUCACCAUAUCUGGUAAACAUCUUAAAGCGCCAUUCUUCUCUCACGAGGUGCUGGGCGAACAGUGAACAAGACAGACGUGGCACCGGCAGGCCACCGGGAGAAGACACCAGGGAAGUUACACAAUGAACUAAUCUAUGCUGAGCAAAUCCAAGAAGCCAGACUAUAUGAAGAACGUAUUGUGGCAUCAGGAUUGGAGGAAGACUCAUUCAGAACCUGCAAUACGCAGAUAACACAACCUUGCUUGCUGAAAGUGAAGAAGACUUGAAGCACUUGCUGAUGAAGAUCAAAGACCACAGCCUUCAGUAUGGAUUACACCUCAACAUAAAGAUAAAAAUCCUCACAACUGGACCAAUGAGCAACAUCAUGAUAAACUAAGAUUGAAGUUGUCAAGGAUUUCCUUUUACUUGGAUCCACAAUCAAUGCCCAUGGAAGCAGCAGUCAAGAAAUCAAAUGACAUAUUGCACUGGGUAAAUCUGCUGCAAAUGACCUCUUUAAAGUGUUAAAAAGUAAAGAUGUCACUUUGAGGACUAAGGUGCACCUGACCCAAGCCAUGGUAUUUUCAAUCCCAUCAUAUGCAUGUGAAAGCUCACAAUGAAUAAGGAAGACCAAAGAAGAAUUGAUGCCUUUGAAUUAUCGUGCUGGUAAAGAAUGUUGAAUAUACCAUGAACUACCAGAAGAAUGAACAAUUCUGUCUUGGAAGAAGUACAGUCAGAAUGCUCCUUAGAAGCGAGGAUGGCGAAUCUUCAUUUCACAUAUGUUGGACAUGUUAUCAGGGGAGACCAGUCCCUGGAGAAGGACAUCAUGCUUGGUAAAGCAGAGGGUCAGCGAAAAAGAGGAAGACCAUUGACAAGAUGAAUUGACACAGUGGCUGCAACAAUGGGCUCCAACAUAGCAAUGACUGUGAGGGUGUCACAGGACGAGGCAGUGUUUCAUUCUGUUGUACAGGGGGUCGCUGUGAGUCAGAACUGACUCCAAGGCACCUAACAACAACAAUGACAAUGGUGAGGAGUGCUUCAGAAAAAGGGCUGGGUGCUCUGAGAGCAUAUAUGAUGCGUGAAGUACAUGAAGCCAUACAUUUUAAACAGCUGUUGGGAAGUUUCCUAUUUUUGAAAGGACCCGAGACUAUUGGUUUGGCAAUACCUUACUAUUCGGAAAUAAUUAUGGGAAAGACAUUUAUUGGUCCCAUCCCAUCAGGAGCAAAGGAGAAUGAAGAAAACCUGAGACGCAAAGAAGAUAUCAGUCCAAAGGACUAAUGGACCACAUGAACAACAGCCUCCACCAGCCUGAGCCCAGAACAACUGGAUGGUGCCCAGUUACCACCACUGACAGCUCUAACAGGGAUCACAAUAGAAGUCCCAGACAGAGUGGGAGAAAAAUGUAGAACAAGAUUCAGAUUCACAAAAAAAGACCAGACUUACAGAUCUGACAGAGACUGGAGGAACCCCAUGGCCCCUGGGACACCCUGCUAACUCAGAACUGAAGCUACUCCUGAAGUCCGCCUUUCAGCCAAAAAGAGUAGGCCCUGUUACCCCAUUUCUGUUGGUUUGAUUUUGGCUCUUAGCAACACUAUGGUGGUGCAGUGGUUAAAAGCUUGGCUGCUAACCAAAAGGUCAGCGGCUCAAAUCCACCAGCCACCCUUUGGAAACCUUAUGGGGCAGUUCUACUCGGUCUAUAUAGGGUCGCUAUGCGCCACUAUGGAAACCCUGGUGGCAUAGUGGUUAAGUGCUACGGCUGCACACCCAAGGGUCAGCAGUUUGAAUCCACCAGGUGCUCCUUGGAAACUCUAUGGGGCAGUUCUUCUCUGUCCUAUAGGGUCGCUAUGAGUCGCAAUCGGCUCAAUGACACUGGGUUUGGUUUUGGUUUGGUUAUGAGCCACUAUGAGAAGAAAGUAGACAAGGGCUAUAAAACAAACAAUAAGAGAUAUGAGGAACGUGCUUCUUAGAUCCAUCGAGAAUACGAGACCAAAGAGGAGACACCUGCCCAAAAGCAAAGACAAGGAGGCAGGAAGGGCCAGGAAAACCAGAUGAAUGAAAACAGGGAACCCGAGGUGGAAAGUGGGAGAGUACUGACACAUUGCAGGGAUUGCAAGCGAUGUCACAAAACAAUUUCUAGAUAAAUUUUUGAAUGAGAAACGAAUUGUGCUGUAAACUUUCACCUGAAGCACAAUUAAAAAAAAAAAAUUAUUCAAAGUGAUAAGAGUAGCCAGUAGAAAAACUAAAAUUUGAAACAUAAAUUAGUAAAAAUGGAAGGAGAAAGGGGGGAGGUGUGGUUAAUUAAAUCACAGCAGAGAUGCAAUUAAAAAAAAAAAACAAAACAGAGCAACACUGCAGUCAGGUCAGUUCCGACUCAUAGCGACCCUGCAGGACACAGUAGGACUGCCCCAUGGAGUUUCCAAGGAGUGACUGGCGGAUUCAAACUGCCAUCCUUUUGGUUAGCAGCCCAGCUCUUAACCACUGCACCACCAAGGCUCCAGGGACUCAAUAGAUCCUGUUAAAGUUAAUAGAUUAAGUAAGAGAGGUAUAUUACUUUUAAAAAAAUGAAGGAAAAACCCUGUUUGAUUUAUAAGUAUAAAAUAUAAUUCAAUUAAAAUUAUUGUAAGAAACUAACCACUUGCUUUCAAGAAAUAGAGAAGCUACUUAAAAAACUAACUGAAAUGCUAUCUCCACUCCAGUUCUCUUGACUUUUCAGGAUAAGGCAGCCAUUGAGUCUUUGCCAUCAGUAGACCUGAUGUGCACUGGCCUCGACCCCUUAACCCAGACAUCUAUAGAUCUGGGUCCCCGUACUGCCCUCAAAAAAGUUCCUAGUGAGCAGGCUGGAAAUUCAUUACUCACACUUUUGAGUUUUUAUUUGAAAAUAUCUGUUUAAAUUGUAUUUAUAACUUCUCAACAGAACUUGGAAAGUUCACGCGGACAAAGACCACGUGUUUCUUCUCACUGAAAUAAUAAAUGAUGAAGUCAGAGCGAGGACUUCUGUGACUAGGUUUUAAUGUGCUCUGAGGGUGGCUCUGGGUAACUUCCGAAAGCUGUAAUCUUAAUCUGCAAGAAAAUUAAAGCACUUCAACUUUUAAGCACCUUCUUUCUGGUAUACUGGGAAGUGUGAACAGCUUUCCCAACACACUGAGCUCAGACUCCUUUCCGGGUCACAUAACUGUCAGCCUUAAACCGUAUAGUACAACUCCACCUGUCCCUCAAAUUUAGGAAAGCCAAAUAUUAUACACGUGAUAAGAAGGCAGCCACUGAAGGAUGAUGAGGUGUCAGGGAUAGUCAGAAAUAAUUUCAACAAAAAAUAUUUAAUAAAAGAAUUUUUUCUUAUAAAGCACGAACUGGGCUGAUUAAAAUCAAAGGUUCAAUUUGUAGGGUGGGGACCAAGCAGCCUUGGUUCAAUGUACUUGCAGGCCUGGGUGGCAGCAGCUUAGAGAAGGCUAUAGAAGCUUCUGGCAAUUGAGGUGGGUGUGGAAGCUCCCCCAAGGGGUUAUGGAUCUCAGAGCAGCCCCUGGGAGUGAUGGUGGUGAGUGGCUGGAGGGGAUUCCCUUGAGGAACUGCAAGGGGUGGAGGGGUGGGAGCUGUGCCUGCUGCUAUCCUGGUCAUCCAGGCAGCACUGGCCUAACAGUACCUUCUGGGUGCCCCUGUCAGUGCAGGGCUGGGGUGCAAGGAGGACCCUGAUUUCAUCCUGCCCUCAGGUUGCCGGUGGUAAGGCUUUGAAUUCUAUUUUGGGGUGGAAAGUGUUAUUAUUGUUAAAAAAACUGGGUGACAUGCUCAGAUAAGUUCUUUUCUGGGUUGCUCUGCCCAUAGCAACCUCAGACAAAAGGGCAAAAAUACGAAAGCUCUUUUAGUCUUAUACUGACUUUUGCAACGGUAUUUUUAUUGAGUAAAUAAUUUAAAAAAAUUCGAUUGCUGCAUUUGCCUUAAUAUAUGUAUGUUUGCCUGACUGUAAAAUAUAAUUUUGCCGCCCAAAGCAGUGUUGUAAUUCUUUGAAUCUAGGGAAAAACCAAGCUACAUAUUGACCUUGCAUUUCUCAGAAGCUCGAUAAACUUGGACAUUAACCAAAAGAAGGGGGAUGGGGCUUUCUGGGUUUGUCAUUGCUGCACAUAGAAAUAAGCAGAUAGGCACAUUAUAUCUAACUACAUAUAAUUUGUGAAUUUUUAAAACUUUUUAUUCUGAUCAUUUUCAAACAUGCAUAAAAAACAGAGUAGUAUAGCAAACCCCCACAUACCUCUCACCUAGGCUGAACAAUUGUUAAUAUUGCUAAGUUUGUUUCAUUUAUUUUUUAGCUGAAGUAUUUAAAGUAAGCCCCAGACCGUAUUUCUCCCUUCAGUGUCUCUACAUAAAGCCAAACCCAAAGCCGCCGAGGCGAUUCCGACUCAUAGAGACCCUAUAGGACAGGGAACUGCCCCCAUAGAGUUUCCAAGGACCGCCUGGUGGGUUUGAACUGCUGACCCUUUGAUUAGCAGUCAUAGCUCUUAACCACUACACCACCAGGGUUCCCAUCUCUACAUACAAUCUCUAAAUAAUGACAUCUUCUUACAUAGCCAUAGUACCAUUAUCACACCUAACAAAAUUACCAAUACUUCUUUAUUGUAUCUCCUAUCUGGUUUAUAGUUAGAUUUAAUUGCCCCCAAAAUGUCUUUUUACAGUUGUGUGUCUAUUGUAUGUUCAGAUGAAUACUUCCCAACUUUGGUAAGCUUCCUCAGACCUCCUUAGUAGGAAUUAAUCACCUGUGUUUGGGUUAGAGUUAUUUAUAGGCACUAAAUUGUAAACACCUUGCAAGUAGCUAAGGGCAGGGGGGAGAAAGCCUGUGGCAUUUGGCGCCAGGCAGACCCCGGUUCUGACCACAUCCCUGCCACCUAGGAGCUGUUUGUGACCGGAGCCUCUCUGAGCCUCAAUAACAUAUCCCCGUUGCAAAAUUAUUGUGAGGAAUCUGGCGCAGCGCCUGGCACACAGCCUCUGGUUUGGUGGGAUUGCUGUUGGUAUUUCUGUGGGUUAGCAGCCUCUGUCCAUAGGGUCGCCAUCGGUCCAGAUCGACUCGACCGCCACAUGUUUUUUGUUUGUUUGUUUGUUUUUUGGCAGUCUCUGUUCGAAAUGAGGCUGCUGUUUAGGGGCGAAUUAGAAGGGGCCUCAGGAGAAGCCAGCCUGAGAGGUCCUCUGCAGAGACAGACCUCCUCUUGAAGCCUUCGCAGCCCAUUCAUAUUGUCUCUCCCCUCUCCCUUCCCCAGUUUUCUUAACGGAAAAAAUUAGGAUACCACGGGAGUUGUUCCGAACUGGCCUUUACAAUUUUAACUGUUUCCACAAGCGCGUUGCAUCCCAUUUGGGCGUCUUUCACGUGAUUAGAUUCAUUCCCAUUUACCUACUUAGACCUAGGACGCCCCCUUGGGACUCGCUCCCCCUCCCCCUCAAG